AUGGACGCAGUGCAGCUCCUAAAUAGGAAUGAACUACCCUUCAUUCUCUCCUCUGCUUCGACUCCUCCCAUUCUUACGCUGGAUCAUAUCAAAGUUCAAGGCCCAUCCCUCAAUGGUGCCGAUAUGCAAUUACAACAAGCACUCAUACUCCAAGAUUUGACAUAUGUGCUACUUGGUCUUGAAGGGUCCUAUAUCAGAUACUCCAGCACAUAUGUCCAGGCAUUGAAGGAGAAAAACUCAGAAAAGGGACUAGAGGCGCUUCUAAAAGGACCUGAUUACAAAUUAUCCAAACAUUUAAACCAGUCAUUGAAGGAUAUCACCAAAGAGAUCAUAAAAUUGGGGAGGUUUUAUACAGCGCUAGGAUUCUUCGUGAAAAUUUAUGACAAUAACUAUUUCGGACAGAUUAAUCAGUCGUUGGCAGGUUUCAUUAGAUCUACGCUUGAUGAGUUCCGACUAAACUUAGAAUUGAUAAUUGAAAAAUUACUGGCAAGGUCUCCAGGAACACCGCAAAUGGAUGGGUUAUCAGCGUACAAUAUCCUCCUAUUAAGCAAUGAUUUAAAAUCCCGAGGAACAGAUCUCAAACUCAGAAUUCUUUAUGAAAUUUGCCAUAUAAUCUUUAAGGACUCAAAACGGAGAUUGUUACAUAGCAAUGAUUUCCAAAACUUCAUUUCCGGUUUAAAGCUGGAUUUCAUUGCUGCCACACGAACCACAGAAACUUCGGCGGCGAUGUUAGAUCACGAUAAUUCAAGACUUAGAGGAAAUAAUGAUCUAUCAAAAAACGGUUCAAGCGGAGCCCUUGACCUUUCUACUGAUACCUCGCAAUUGUCGGUGUGUAAAGGUGGGGUGGUAUUGAAAACUAUCAGUCAACAGAUAACGAAAAACCAGGGUAAUCCAGAAAUUGUCCAAUUUUUGGGUAAUCUAUUUGAUCACGUUUCCCAAAACUACUUACUGAUGUUGAACAACUGGCUAGUAAAUGGAAUUAUUGAUGAUCCGUUUGAUGAGUUCAUGAUUAAACCCACUAGCAGUGAAUCCUCAAUCUUCAAUUUUAGAUCAGGGACAAUAUUAGAUAAUAUCACUAAAUCUUCAGGUUUGAAUAUUCCAGGAAAUUCUAGCGCCAGUAGUGGCACCACUGGUCCAUCACCGUGGGACUCGAAAUUUUCGCUCAGGAGGGAUGGUUUACCAAGACAAUUUGAAGAUUAUUCACUUAGAAAUAAGCUUUUGCUCACGGGAACUUACUUGAACAUGGUAAAAGACUGCGGGAUUCUCAUUCCCUUUGUGGAUAUUUCUGCACAUUCUUCAACCAACUCUUUCAGCUCGAUAGUACCCACAGACACUCACUUUGUCCAAUCACUCAGUGACAUCAACUUACUAAAUAUCCAAGUUGAGCACUGGUAUUACCGUGCAAACUACCAACUAAUGUCCUUAUUCUAUCAUGGUUAUGAUCUCCUUGGAAUAAUACAGGACUUAAGAAACUUGCUCUUUAUUCAUGGUAGAUCUGCUGUUUCUUUCUCUUCGCUCAUAUCUCACAAUAUGCCAGCAUUGAGAAGUCAUUGUCGCAAUGGACAAUACCAUUUACCGGAACUUCAAAGAGAUUUUUACUAUUACUAUGAGGAUACUUUAUUGUUGAAAUUUGGGGAUUUGAAACUUGAAUCAGUCUGUAUAUUUACUGAGCUUGAAGAUAUUCUUAAUGUCAAACCGAUAAAUCCUGAAGGAAUUUUCAAUACAUCAUCCUACCAGGCACUAAAAAAUAUCGUUAAUGAGUCUAUUGGUCCUAGGGGCUCGAAUGCUACUAACUCCGGCUCCAGCUCGAGUACAAAUCAUGUUUCGUUUGAAGAUUACUUGAUAAAUUAUUUGACAUUUGAUUUGACGCUACCUUCCCCAUUGUCACUAAUCAUUGAUCAGACGGAAAUUGCGAAAUUUCAAAUUAUUUUCCGUUGGCUUGCAGUUUCUUCCUAUCUAAUCAACUUAUUGGAAGAGGCAUACCUUGACCUUCAACAUACAAUGAGAGUGGCAAAAACAGAAUUAAAAAGUGAUCGCAAAACUAUUGAAGCCUUAGCUAGGCUUUCGAUUCUAAAUUAUAGAUACUUGAACCUCCUUAGAUCCAUAUACACCUCAUCUCAACAAGUUAUUGAGGAGCAUUUUACCAUUAGUUAUAAAGGAUUAGUGGAUGGAACUCCGCAGGCCAGCUUCUUGAAAUCUUCUGCUGGUGAAGAUCACAGCCGUAGUGGACCGAUAAACAGUACAAUUUUCCAGCACCAUUCGCAAGUUCCGCUUAGUAGCUACUCUCCUUCCCCAAUGAAUUCUUUUGUUAGCGGGGGAUCUUCUCCCACUGUCCAGACAUCAUUUGAGCAAACAAAGCAGAUUAUUCAAGAUAUGUUGGACUCGAUUCUUUUGUAUUCUCGUCUAACAGAUAACAACUAUCUCAAGUUAGUGCGAGGGUAUUUUAAAAGGGUGGUGAAUUUCCGUAAAUUUCUGAAAAGAAUUAUUAGUGAAAUCACGUUGGAUGAUGACUUGGCAAGCGAUCAAGGAAAAUCAGUGAACAAGCGGUUCAUUGGAGAAUUUUCAAACUAUUACAAGAAAUUUUCUAAUGAAAUUAGUGGGUACGAAAAGAAGUUUAAGGAAACUAGGGAAAGCUUACCAAAAUAA